AGUCAUAGCAUACUAACUUAAAUAUCAUCGGUGUAAGACAUCAGUAUAUGUGAAAAAAAAAUAUAGUGAACUAUAUAAAAUCUACCUGAAGAAAUUACAAGCGAUACACUGUUCCUAAUUAGUGGAAAAUAGGGAACAUCAAUAGAAGAGAUGCAGUCUCUCGACUUUUUCGCGAACACCACGCCCGAUCCAUGGAACACCACGCUGUGGAUCGAAAAUUACACGUAUUACAACACCACGGACAUCCCCGAUCUACAGUUGGGAAAUCAGUUUAUACUGCCAUGGUGGCGACAAAUGAUCUGGACGUUGUUGUUCGCUGGCAUGAUCAUCGUUGCGACCGGCGGCAAUAUGAUAGUGAUUUGGAUUGUUCUCGCGCACAAGCGAAUGCGCACCGUUACCAAUUAUUUUCUGGUGAAUCUGAGCAUAGCGGACGCGAUGGUGUCCACAUUGAACGUCACGUUCAAUUACAUCUACAUGUUGAACAGCCACUGGCCCUUUGGCACCCUCUAUUGCAAGAUCUGCCAGUUCGUCGCGGUGCUCACUAUAUGCGCCAGCGUCUUCACCCUAAUGGCGAUUUCUAUUGACAGGUACAUGGCCAUUGUGAACCCACUGAGGCCACGUAUGGGCAGGAGAACUACACUCGGCGUGGCGAUCGUCAUUUGGAUCGUGGGAGCUAUACUCUCGCUGCCGAUGCUGCUCUUCUACACCACUUACACGCAGAAUUUCGCGAACGGCGAGGUCCGAGUCAUCUGCUACAGCGAAUUUCCCAACAGAGACGACGACGAUCUCAAUUACAACGAAUAUCUGUACAAUGUCAUAUUCAUGAUACUGACGUACUUCUUGCCGAUUGGGUCGAUGACAUUCACAUAUGCCCGAAUCGGUUUGGAGUUAUGGGGUUCGCAGAGUAUUGGUGAAAACACAGUGGGGCAGUUGGAGAGUAUACGAAGCAAACGAAGGGUAGUGAAAAUGAUGAUCGUGGUCGUAGUCAUAUUCGCCGUGUGCUGGUUACCAUUUCACGUGUACUUCAUCAUAACGUCGUACCUGCCCGAGAUUACAAACAAACCGUACAUUCAAGAAGUUUACUUAGGCAUCUACUGGCUAGCAAUGUCAAACAGCAUGUACAAUCCAAUAAUCUACUGCUGGAUGAAUUCCAGAUUUCGUCGGGGAUUCGCGCACUUCUUUUCUUGGUGUCCAUGGAUACGGAUACCUCUGGAGCCCGUGUUAUCUCGGUCAGAGGCAGUGACGUCUCGAUACAGCUGCACCGGAAGUCCGCAGACGAACACCAGGUUAUCACGGAACGGCACGGCGCGAAUACCGCUGUACCUGCAAUCAGCGAGAGGAGGAAACGAUCGGUUUCUGGCUCAUCAUCGGGGGAGAAAAUGGAAAAGCACGCAAACCAGCGACCACGUGUCUUGA